UAGUUCAAUGGAUGUGCUUUUACGGACAUAGAGGCGCACCGCUAAAGAGUCGUGGCUUUCCAUAAUUCUUAAACUCUUUGCCAUAGCAAUUGCGUGAUAUUCAAAUUUUGUGUAUUAAUUUGAGACCUCACUAUAAUAUUACACAAUUGCCGCGAGAUAUCAAAAAAAUCCAGGAUGGUUGAGGAAUCGGAACAGUUGCCGCCUAUAGACGUAAAAGAGCCGUUGGAUCUCAUAAAGCUAAGCUUGGAAGAGCGGAUUUACGUAAAGAUGAGGAACGAGAGAGAGCUCCGAGGAAAAUUGCAUGCUUUUGAUCAGCAUUUGAAUAUGGUACUGGGUGAUGUGGAAGAGAUCAUAAACAUAGUGGAGAUUGAUGAGGAAACAUAUGAAGAGAUCUAUCGUCAAAAGAAGAGAACCAUUCAGAUGCUGUUUGUACGUGGCGAUGGUGUCAUCCUAGUAUCUCCACCUACAUAAAGUUACAAUAUCUCAUGUGGGAAGUUACGGAUGUUUUUUAUAUAAUUUACAAUGGGAUAUUAUUUCAUUGACGUUUGAAAGAUUUACAAUAUAGGAACUGGGCGCCUGAAAAAUUGAGAAAGGUUUUGUGGCUACAGUGAAUAUUUGACAUACUAUACUAUACUACAUAUGUUAUAAUAUGUUAUAAUACU